ACAAGAGAAGAAGAAGAAGAAGAAGCUCAGACACGUGUGGUUUCCUCGCGCGCUGCAUGUUGUGACUGAGCAGACUCUCGGUUAUUAUUAAUAUUAUUAUUACAAUAAGGGCCAGACAUGACGAAGACCAGGAAGGAGAAGGUGCUCGCGGACGGGGAGCAGCCCCUCGCGGACGGGGAGCAGCACGAGGUUACCGAGAAGUCGUACCAGGAGCUGAUCGCCAACAUGAACCCCAUCGCGCAGCCGCUGGCCUCCAAGAAACUCAGCAAGAAACUCUACAAAUGCGUCAAAAAGGCUGCUAAAGUGAAGAACAUCCGCAGAGGAGUGAAAGAAGUCCAGAAGUUCAUCAACAAAGGAGAGAAGGGCAUCGUGGUGUUGGCCGGCGACACGCUUCCCAUCGACGUGUACUGUCACCUGCCCGUCAUGUGUGAGGACCGGAACCUGCCGUACGCCUACAUCCCCUCUAAAGGGGAUCUGGGUUCGUCCGCAGGCUCCAAGCGGCCGACCUGCGUGAUCCUGAUCAAACCUCACGAGGAGUAUCAGGACGCCUACGACGAGUGCGUACAGGAAGUGAGCAGCCUGCCCAAGCCGCUGUGAGCCAAUCAGAGAGCAGCUCUGAACACACACUUUGAAGGAGCGGUUGUUUCUCCUCGCCACUUUUCUGUUUCUACGCCGACCAAUAAACUACCACAGGUCUGCGAGCAGGUUCCCUCUGCCUCCAGUGUUUGUGCUAAGCUAGGCUAACCCUGACUGGAGUGUAAAUAAACGUAUGUUACGAGUCGUUGGAGGGUUGAGAUCAUAUUCACAUCUUUAAAGUGACCAAUUGAACUUUUUGAUGACGUCGUGAGUUUGUUUCUCUCGUCAGAUAAUAAAUAUUUUGUUUCACUGGAACCUCAGAAACGGAGAUUAAACUUUUAUUCUUGUUUCCGUCUUUUCUCUGAAUAUUUCCCGACUCUGUAAUUCUUAUUUUUUACCCGUAAAUUGUUGUAAUUUCUGCAGAACAAUAAAACUUCAGAAAUGUU